UCACGCACACAAGGCGUGAUUCAUAGCUGGCGCACCAGGGCCCGACAGAGGGCGUCGCGUCACCGAGGCGGGGGGGACGGCUGCCAGCAGCAGCGGCCCGCACCGCGCCGCCGCACUCCAUCACCGGACACAGCCGACGACGCGCGCGCAUACUUUAUCUUAGUUUUCCAACAUAUUGUACUGUCCAGUGAACCAUUAUAUGUAUUAAGUGUUACAGUCCACUUUUCAUUUAAGUACCUUUAGUUAGGUCCCCUACAUUUUGGUCACUUCGGCCUUCUACAAUUUAAAUCCGCGUAACGUAUUUCUACGAACAAAGAAAUCGUUCGCGCGGUGACAGUACGAGGCGACGUUGGUGGACUUUGAUACGAGCGACGAGUCUUCAAAAGCGCCGUGUCACUACAAGCGGCAUUCGAGAGAAGAGAAGCUUGGAGUUGGAGUCGUCUAAAUACGUAGAACGAGGAGAGGACGUCUACAAGUUCCCGAAGUCUUCACGUCGACGGUGGUCAAGUCUCGACUUAGUUGGUCGAACACGCCGGGUCAUCUACGUGCUUCGUGGGAAUCAACACAGUUCGCCUUGUGGAUAAAGAUAAGCAUAUUUGUGUAUCGUUCCAAAUUCCUUUCUUUAUAAUUUCCGUUAAAAUUCAAAUUCAAAAUUUCCGUUGCAACCGUUUUCAGUUCAGUUUCAAAUUUGAGCAAACAAGUGAUUAUUUAAAAGUCUAUUGGCAUUAACGUGCAUUCAUUCAGUGCUGUAUGGAAUACAUUUCUUAUCGGUUUACCGUUGAAGUUUUUUGCUAAUGAGCUAACGGUCACGAGUCACGCGCCUAUUCAUAUUGAAACAUCUGGUUGCUACAUUAGUCAUCACUUGUGCAUUUGCUUAUCGCCUUAUCUGUUAUUCUAUCGCAUUAUUUCAUAACAUCUUUUGUACUUUUAUUUCAAACCACCUUCUUAUAAUGGCUAAUGAAGAUUUGUUAAUAAGAAAACGCAGUGCUAUUAAAGCUAAGCUUACGAAUUUUUGCAAUCAUGUUAAUGUGCUUAUGAGUUGCGAUUCAUUAUCCAGUUUGCAGCGUAUUGAGCUAGAGGGUCGCCUUCGUAAAUUUGAUGCUUUAUACGAUGACUUUGAUAAUUUGCAGUUGGAGAUCGAGGUGCUCUCGGAUAAGCCAGACGAGGCGUACGGGGAACGUGCCAAGUUUGAGGAGCGGUACCACGCGGUGGCAGCUCAGGCGCGCAGCCUGCUUAUCAGCGCUGAUGCCGGCGUUGACGGCGGGUCUGUAGCGGGCUCAGCGGAUAAAAACACAGCUCUGGUGACAGUGGUCAGCACCCGAGGUGAGAAGUUCGACGCCAGGAUCCUGCUGGAUAACGGUAGCACAGCUAAUUUUAUCACUGAAACACUGUGUCACAAGCUGGGAUUGCCUAGACGUAACGUUAACUCCACGAUAUCAGGUAUAAAUAAGCAAACAUCUAAUAGCACACAGUCUUGUAGAUUUACAAUUCAGGCUCGGAAUGGUGGCUAUAGGGAAACCAUCACUAGCUUCAUAUUGCCUGAAAUUACUAAAAUAUUGCCAGCCAAAGCUGUAGAUAUAGGCAAUAUCAAUAUACCGGCAGACAUACAGUUAGCAGAUCCGUCAUUCCAUAUUCCGUCUGUAAUCGACAUUCUUGUUGGCGCGGAAGUGUUUUGGAAUGUUUUAGGUUCCUCAUCUAUAAAUUUAGGUAGGAAUAAACCCAAGCUUCAUGCAACAAAACUAGGGUGGAUAGUUUCAGGUCCAGUCCCAUUACGCAAUAUUUCAAAUAACCAAGCACAUUUUUGUAAUGUUUCUAUGGAGGAAUUAAAUAAUAACCUCAACAGGUUUUGGGAAAUUGAUUCGGUCCCAUCUAAACAUGCCUUAUCACAGGAGGAACGUGCGUGCGAAGAAAGUUUUCGCCGCAAUACUGUUCGUGACAGUGAGGGUAGGUUUGUUGUGACAAUUCCUUUAAAGGAUAAUCCUGUCAUUCUAGGUGAGUCGUACGAGAUGGCUAAGCGGCGAUUUCUAUCACUGGAGCGUCGUUUUCUUCGUGAUCCAAGUUUCAAGGAGCGUUAUGUUGCCUUCAUGGAGGAGUAUGAGCGUCUUGGACACAUGACAGAAAAUACAACGUCUAGGAAGCCACAUUCAGAUGCCUCUGAGAGAGCCUUUGGUUGUUGCGUAUAUCUUCGGUCGGUGAAUAUGGAAGGUGCAGUCAAGGUACAACUUCUUGCAUCGAAGAAUCGCGUAGCACCAAUAAAGCCUACUACCAUUCCACGUCUCGAGCUUUGUGGGGCGUUGCUAGGCGCUAGACUGUGUGCUAAGGUGUCUGAUGUAAACAUCGGCCGCUUGGAGCGCUAUCACAGAGUGGAGCAUAUUAAGCAGCAUUUCUGGAAACGAUUCCAUUUAGAAUAUAUCUCUGCUGCAGCAAAACUAAGUGGACGUCAUCUACAGGACAACUGGCAGAGGGAACGGCCCGACAGAGGGCGUCGCGUCACCGAGGCGGGGGGGACGGCUGCCAGCAGCAGCGGCCCGCACCGCGCCGCCGCACUCCAUCACCGGACACAGCCGACGACGCGCGCGCAUACUUUAUCUUAG